GGCGGUGGCCGAGACCCUGACGGGGAAGCGGCGGCUGAGGCAGGGUCGCGCCUCGGUCGGAAGCCCGAGCUGAGUGCAUCAGGGGUUCUCUGCGGCGGGCGAGAGCGGACGCCCUAGACCUCGCUUCCCUCCCUCGCCCCAGAUUCCUUAUUAAACAUGGGUGCAUUUUUGGACAAACCCAAAACUGAGAAACAUAAUGCUCAUGGUGCUGGGAAUGGUUUACGUUAUGGCCUGAGCAGCAUGCAAGGAUGGAGAGUGGAAAUGGAAGACGCACACACAGCUGUUGUAGGCAUUCCUCACGGCUUGGAAGACUGGUCCUUUUUUGCAGUUUAUGAUGGUCAUGCUGGAUCUCGAGUAGCAAAUUACUGCUCAACGCACUUACUAGAACACAUCACUAAUAACGAAGACUUCAGGGCAGCUGCAAAAUCAGGAUCCGCUCUUGAGCCCUCUGUGGAAAAUGUCAAGAAUGGCAUCAGAACUGGCUUUUUGAAAAUCGAUGAAUACAUGCGUAACUUUUCAGACCUCAGAAACGGAAUGGACAGAAGUGGUUCAACUGCAGUUGGCGUCCUGAUUUCACCCAAGCAUAUCUACUUUAUCAACUGUGGUGAUUCACGUGCUGUUCUGUAUAGGAAUGGACAAGUCUGCUUUUCCACCCAGGAUCACAAACCUUGCAAUCCAAGGGAGAAGGAGCGAAUCCAGAAUGCAGGAGGCAGCGUAAUGAUACAGCGUGUUAAUGGUUCAUUAGCAGUGUCUCGUGCUUUGGGGGACUAUGAUUACAAGUGUGUUGAUGGCAAGGGCCCAACAGAACAACUUGUUUCUCCAGAGCCUGAGGUUUAUGAAAUUUUAAGAGCAGAAGAGGAUGAAUUUAUCAUCUUGGCUUGUGAUGGGAUCUGGGAUGUUAUGAGUAAUGAGGAGCUCUGUGAAUUUGUUAAAUCUAGGCUUGAGGUAUCUGAUGACCUGGAAAAUGUGUGCAAUUGGGUAGUGGACACUUGUUUACAUAAGGGAAGUCGAGAUAACAUGAGUAUUGUACUAGUUUGCUUUUCAAAUGCUCCCAAGGUCUCAGAUGAAGCAGUGAGAAAAGAUUCAGAGCUGGAUAAGCACUUGGAGUCACGGGUUGAAGAAAUUAUGGAGAAGUCUGGUGAGGAAGGAAUGCCUGAUCUUGCCCAUGUCAUGCGCAUCUUGUCUGCAGAAAAUAUCCCAAAUUUGCCUCCUGGGGGAGGUCUUGCUGGCAAGCGCAAUGUUAUUGAAGCUGUUUAUAGUAGGCUGAAUCCACAUCGAGAAAGUGAUGGGUCUCAACCUUCAGUUGUAUACAUAGACAAUCUUUUCACAUUCUGAAUGGCAGUCUCGGGCAUGUCCAUUUGUAAACCCGCCGAGGGCGCUGGUGACAAGAAAGGCAGUGGCUGUCAGACCUUCCAAGCCCCUAAAAGUACAAGGACAUGAAGGUGUUUUUUGUUUUUUUUUUUAAACCUGAAAGAAAAAUGAACCCAACAUUAUGUAAUUGUAUUAUUUAUACUGCUGUGAACAGGUAAUCUUACAGCCCAUUAAAGGAGGCAGAGAAAAACUGCCCCUGUACCUUUAAAAAUCAUAUUCUUCUCUGUCCCUGUGAUUAAACACCUGUGGCUUUGGGGUAGUAUUUUGGUUUUAUUCCAGGGAUUCUCACGGUUAGAGGCAGGCUUUAAUCUGUCCAUUAUUUUCUUUAUCCUAAAAGCACCAUUUAAAUGAGAAGUUACUAGGUUUCUAAAUGUUUGUUUAAGAACAUCUUUCUUUGAUUCUGGUAUUUGUGCUGACCAGAUCUCUCUGAAAUCAUUUCAGAACCUCAGGUUCAGUGUCCACAGUCUAGAGAAAAUUCUGAACAAAUUUCCAGUUUGUUCGAUGUGCAUACAAAUCUUAAUAACCCCCUUAGACACUUUUAAACUAAUUUAGAUGAUGUCAAAGACUUGUGCUUAAGAAUGUAGGAGGUAAUGGAUAUCUUGGCUACACGAGAAACUAGCUCAAGCAUUUUUCUCAUAAAUACUUUUCCCAGUGGCCAAAAAACUGUACUUUAUUUUUGAUGGCGUGUCACCUAAGUGAGCUCCUUUGUGCUUUUUAUCACAAUUUCAUUUGUUAACUUCUACAAUGGAGUAGUAAAGGACUAGAAUCGUAUGGCAACAAUGUACAUUCCCUUCCUGAGGGAUUGUAUUUCUAUUCCAAGACUGAAAGGGGUAAGAAAGAAUGAUAAGAAAAAAGUAACCAAUAUUUGGUCUUGCUGCCAAAUAUAAUUCCUGCUUUUCCAAAGAACUGGUAAAAAUAUUCUAGGAAGUAAUAUAGGAAAUUUUUUGAAAGAUGGUAGAUCAUUUCUUCUAGGGAGAACCAAGGAAAAGAUUCAUGUCUGAUCUCUGGAUAAUGCUAUGAUGUAGUAUGUGGAGUUGCAGAUUUCUUUAUUGUGUUCCAUGGAUUUAUUGAUGUUUUGGAUAAUCUUUGAGAAUGAAUGUUGAAAUGGUUUUAUAGCAAUCUCAGCUAUACAGAAGUUAUAUUUAGAGCUUGCAUGUAGUGUACUAAGACAUACCUUUAAGACAGAGUUCGAAUUGGUUAGUUUAUUCUAUACCAAACAUUUCCAGGUAGGGGUAACCUAAAUUAUAUAAAUAAAACCAUAAAUUAAAUGUACCUAGAAAAUUGGCUAUGUAAAAUUAUCUUUGAAAAGGAAUUUCUUUCAGUAACCCAUGUUUGUAUUGUAUAUAUGAUUUUUUUAGGGUGUUUUGCUUUUUUCAGGGUGGAACAUGCAUGAAUAUAGCAGGUAAGAUAGAAUAUUCUCUAUUACAGUGUAACAGGUACUACACUAUUACUAGUGAUGUGUACCAUGAAAAAUUUAUACAAUGCUGAUUGCUUGAACUUGAGCAAAAUAAAUUUACAUUUUCUAGACUGAUUUCACAUCAAAAACAGCACAUGUUUCAAUUGUAUGUCAAUAAAACUAGGUGAACACACACACACACACACAUACAGAGAAAUGUCCAUUUGAGAGAGAAAAAGUGGCUAAAAACAAAUUCUGAAUGAGUUGUAGUUUUAACUACAACUCAAAAGUUUUAACAUAGUAGUUCUGAAGAAUUGUCAUUUGUGUGGUUUUCAGAAAUGGAGUAAUACAUUUUGUAGCUGGUUAGAUCUUCAAGUAUAUAUUUAUGGAAUCUCAAGAUUGGGGCGGGGGAACCAUUUAGCAGCCUCUGGUCUGACCCUCCAGGAACCAGAAUCUACUUUCAUCUUGGGCAGCUCUACCCUCCCAGUCAGUUCAGUUCUUCCAUUUUUCUUAUUAGCUCGAGACCGAACGUUGAACAGCAGCUACUGUGUUGACUCCUGCCUUUACUCGUUCUAUUCCCAGUUCAUUCAUCAUACAUCAUGGCUUUAAUUGUCUUUGCCAUCCAAGACCCUUUUCUGCAAAAGCUCUGGUUUUCUAAGUCUUUCUAAAAGUACACAACCCAGAGCUAAACAUUUUUAAGUAGCAGAGCUGUCAUUCCUUUGUUCUAGUUAAUACUCUUCAUCUGUCAACUCUUCAGAUGUUGGACUAGCUUUUAUGGCACCCACAUGAUACGGUGUGAGUCUUCAGAGGUUAACAAUUUUUACUGCUGUUGAGUAACACCCCCCCCCCCAUCCCGCACAUGUGUAGGUGGUGUUUUGUUUAAACUCCUUUGCAGGACCUGCAUUUCUUCUGAAGUUUUCUUGUGUUAUAUUCAUUAACCUUCUGAGAUGUUUUUGGAGCCAUGUAAGAUCUAUUUGCUUUCUUUUUCUGAUCACUCCAAAGUGUCAUAUGUAAGUCUUUUAUAUUGAAUGAAACAAGUCUGUGAUUAAUGGCCUAUAGUAGACCUCCAAAACUGUCCCUAGGAUACAAGUUGACCAAGGUAUCAGCACCCAUUAGGUAAGGAUGUAGCGAUUUACUGAUCAGCCCAUAUCGCUCCAAGGUUAUAAAGGAUAUUGGGAGAGCUUACAUUCCUUGCAGAAGUCCUGCAUUUCCCAGAUGUUAGGCAAGUAACUGUCUCUAAAACUUCAUGAAGUCACACCGUUAAUUUAUAGUCAGUUAUGUUCUCUUUCCUGAAGAAUUAGAAAACACUAGAAGGAUCUAUUCUGGGGUUGUCCCUGAGAUUAGUGUCAAGCUACCUUCUGUGUGUGUGUGUGUGUGUGUGUGUGUGUGUGCCUUUUCCCAAAAUUGGAAUGACCUUUUUCCCUUUCUGAUGUUGUGGCAGGUUCCUACCCCACACUUGUCUCUAAUGUACACAGUGGGCCGCUCAGAAAUAUUCUUAGAUUUCCAGUAUCAUUUUCUUAUUUUCCAUCAGCAUAAAAUAGGAAAUAAGUUCCUGUUGGUCUGAUCACUUGUGUAUAACAUGGCUAAUUUAAGUUUUUACUCUGACCUCAUUCCCACAUGUACAUGCAGAUUUCUGGUGGUGGUUUUUACUCAUGGUGUUUCUUGUAGCAUUUAUGCAUUUUUACAAUUCUGAACUUGUUACAUUACUUUCUAUGAAAACUGGUGGUUUCUGGUUUUUAUUUGGUUGUCUUACUCUUUUUAUUUUUUUGUCUUUUUUAAGGUACAUCCCCUUUUUCAUCCUCUAUGUAUGUGAUUCUUAAGUAUUUUUAAAAUAACCCCUAUACCAAAAAGAAAAAAAACAGCCCAAAAAACCGAAAACUAUCUCUAGGCUGAUAGCCUGAGGCCAAGUGCAACACGUAGAUGACACCAGAGCAGAACAGUGCAGCAUCCCAAAGGACACUCAUUCACAUUUCACGCUGUGGGACAAGAUGCAGAAAGCAUUCUUACUAAAUAAGUACCAUUAUGUUGCAACCAAUAUCUGACUGGUGGAAGUAAAGUGUCCGGUCUUGCAGCAGCCCUGGCUGGAGUCUUGCAUCUGCUCUGGGGAAGGAGAGUAGCGUAGCUUCUCUAAUUACCUUCUUCUUUGCCUCUUUCCCUUAAAACAUAUCCUCUUUCCCUUAAGACAGUGGGAGCGGCUGGAGGCGGGUGGCAGAGGAACUCAGCUGCAGGCAGAUGAUGGGAAAGGAUUAGCUGUGGCUUGCCAGCCUUGAGUUCGGUCCUCAAGUUCGGUCCUCUGUGCACACUUCUGUAUUAGGGUGCCUCUUCUCUCUUGUCUUCUUGACCUCCUCCAUAACUGGGGCUGCAAAAACAGCAAAUACGAAAGACAAGAUGGGGAGGAAGAGAAUGGCCCACAUGUAGGCAGCUUUGUAAAUCUCUCCAGCUAUAUGUAUCCUAUAGAAUGUUGAUAGAGAUAGUAUAUUUGUGUGGAUUUAUGUAUGUAUGCUGUACUUCAAUAAAAAUUUAUUUUUUUAAAACAGGAACCUUCUCUGAUACAAUAAACUUCAUAUAUGUUUAUAUUCA